UCGCUCUAGGUUGUAAUUAAGCAACCAUGAGAAACUCCAGACCCAUCAUUCUGUUUCCCUUGCUUUGCUUUCUCUCCUCCACCAUCUCAAUCUUAUGCGACCCAAACCCUUUGGUUUGCAAUGAAAAAGAGAAACAUGCCCUUCUAAGAUUCAAGAAAGCUCUCUCUGAUCCUGGCAACCGGCUCUCGUCUUGGUCUGUCAAUCAAGAUUGUUGUAGAUGGGAAGCAGUUCGCUGCAACAACGUUACAGGGCGAGUGGUUGGGCUCCAUCUGAGUAAUCCAGAUGAAUUCUACAGCAACUUCCAGUUGGGUGGUGAAAUUAGCCCUGCCUUGCUUGAAUUAGAAUUUUUGAGUUACUUGAACUUGAGUCUGAAUUAUUUUGGAGGUAGUCCAAUUCCAAGUUUCCUGGGUUCCAUGGGGAGUUUGAGAUAUCUUGACCUCAACCAUGCUGGAUUUGAUGGACUAGUCCCUCAUCAGCUUGGAAAUCUCUCGGGUCUUCGUCACCUGGAUCUGGGAGAUAACAAUGGGCUGUACGUUGAGAAUCUUGGUUGGAUUUCUCAUCUUGCUUUUUUGAAGUACCUAGACAUGAAUUGGGUCGACCUUCACAGGGAAGUCCAUUGGCUUGAAUCCGUGUCUAUGCUCCCUUCUCUUUCAGAGCUGCACUUGUCCGAUUGUGAACUUGAUAGCAAUAUGACUUCAUCUCUCGGUAUGCCAAUUUCACAUCUCUCACAUUUCUUGAUCUUUCUUGGAACAAUUUCAAUCAAGAAAUAACAAAUUGGUUGUUUAAUCUCAGUAGUCUUGUGUCUCUAAGUCUACCAUUCAAUCAAUUCAAGGGGCAAAUUUCAGAGUCUUUAGGACAACUCAAAUAUCUAAAAUAUCUGGAUGUUUCUUCGAAUUCCUUUCAUGGCCCUAUUCCUACAUCCAUAGGAAACUUAUCAUCCUUGAGGUAUUUGGAUCUUUCUAAAAAUCCGUUGAUUAAUGGCACUCUUCCAAUGAGUCUGGGGCUUCUAUCCAAUUUGGAGAAAUUACAUGUAGGAGGGACUUCCUUAACAGGGACCAUAUCAGAAGUGCAUUUUACAGCACUCUCAAAAUUGGAGGUCUUAUCGAUAUCUGGAACAUCUUUAUCUUUCCAUGUGAACUCCAGUUGGACUCCUCCAUUCCAACUAGGGUAUCUGAAGGCGGAUUCCUGUAAAAUGGGUCCAAAAUUUCCUGCGUGGCUACAGACACAAAAGUCUCUUUCCUAUCUAGACUUCUCCAGGUCUGGAAUUGUGGACACAGCUCCAAACUGGUUCUGGAAGUUCGCUUCAUACAUCCAACAGAUCCAUCUCUCUAACAACCAGAUAUCUGGGGACUUAUCCCAAGUUGUACUAAAUAAUACUAUCAUUGAUUUGAGUUCUAAUUGCUUCUCAGGUCGGUUGCCACGUCUGUCUCCGAACGUUCGUAUGUUGAAUAUUGCUAACAAUUCAUUCUCGGGACAGAUUUCCCCUUUCAUGUGCCAAAAGAUGAAUGGAAGAAGUAAAUUGGAGGUCCUUGACAUAUCAAUUAAUGCUUUAUCAGGGGAACUUUCUGAUUGUUGGAUGCAUUGGCCGUCUCUUACUCAUGUAAGCCUGGGAAGGAACAAUCUAUCUGGUAAAAUUCCUAAUUCCAUGGGUUCUUUGGUCGGACUUGAAGCAUUGAGCUUGCACAACAAUUCCUUCUAUGGAGACAUACCCUCAUCACUAGAGAACUGCAAGGUUUUGGGGCUGAUAAAUCUAAGUGACAAUAAAUUUUCGGGGAUUAUACCCAGGUGGAUUUUUGAGAGGACAACUCUAAUUAUUAUCCACUUAAGAUCCAAUAAAUUCAUGGGCAAAAUUCCUCCACAAAUAUGCCAACUUUCUUCUCUUAUAGUGUUGGAUCUUGCUGAUAAUAGUCUGUCAGGAUCAAUACCCAAAUGCUUGAAUAAUAUCAGUGCUAUGACUGCAGGACCUAUCCGGGGUACUGUGUAUGAUGCUUUGGAAGCAGAUUAUGAUUAUGAAUCUUACAUGGAAAGUCUUGUUUUAGAUAUAAAGGGGAGGGAAGCAGAGUACGAAGAGAUUCUUCAAUAUGUAAGGAUGAUUGACCUUUCAAGUAACAAUUUAUCUGGAUCAAUCCCAAUUGAAAUCUCAAGUCUUUUUGGACUGCUAUUUCUAAACUUAUCUCGAAAUCAUUUAACGGGGAGGAUACCAGAGAAAAUUGGGGUGAUGGCGUCAUUAGAAUCUUUAGAUCUCUCGAGAAAUCAUCUUUCAGGGGAAAUUCCUCAGAGCAUGAGCAAUUUAACAUUUCUUGAUCACCUGGACCUGUCAUUCAACAACUUUUCUGGGAGAAUUCCUUCAAGCACCCAGCUUCAAAGCUUGGAUCCACUUUCUUUCUUUGGCAAUCCUGAACUGUGUGGAGCCCCUCUUACGAAAAACUGCACAAAAGAUGAAGAGACUCUAAAUCCCACUGCUGUAGAAGAAAACAGAGAAUUUCCUGAAAUCCCAUGGUUUUACAUCGGCAUGGGAUCAGGAUUCAUUGUGGGGUUUUGGGGAGUUUGUGGAGCUCUCUUUUUCAAGAGAGCAUGGAGGCAUGCUUAUUUCCAGUUUCUUUAUGACAUGAGAGACCGGGCCUAUGUGGGUAUAGCAAUAAAAUUGAAGUGGUUCCACCAAAAGCUGAGAAGAUACCAUGCUGGAUGAUCUACAAGGGAGUGUAUCAUACUCACAUGUUUCAACAACUUCGAUGGCAUGGCCAAGAGCACUAUAUAUUCAAAGUGGUAGUCUUGAUGUCACGUUUCAGUAAUUAUCUUUUGUGUUGUAGUUUCUAUAUAUGUUAUUGUUGUUGUGUUAUGAUAUUAAUUAGUAAUAUCUUUUAGGCACUGAUGCCAUAAAAAUGAAUCCAGUGUUGAUGCAUUUGUAGUC